AUGAUCUAUACACACUACGUUGAUAUUGUACAUUCUUUUUCUCUAGUUGCUUCAAAUGAUUGUGAAUUCGAUUGGUUACCCUGUGGUUCAAACGGUAAUUGUAUACCUAAAGAAUGGUUUUGCGAUGGUGAACAAGAUUGCUUUGAUAACAAAGAUGAAAAUAAUUGCGAGAGUUGUAAAAUGGGUGAAAUACCUUGUCAUGACGGUUCUUGUUUACCACAGUACCAGAGAUGUGAUGGUAUCCCACAAUGCACUGAUGCUGAAGACGAAGAUGAAUGUAAGUGUCAGGAGAAGGUCUGUGGUAUUGUAUCAGAUACUAUUCCUCAAGCUUUUAUUGUUGGUGGAAGUCAGUCAGCAAUUGGGGAGUGGCCGUGGAUGGUAGCUGUAAUGUCUGGUGAUAAACAUCGCUGUGGUGGCACUAUCAUAUCAGAUCAGUGGAUUCUAACUGCUGGUCAUUGCAUAAAUGAUAUCCAACAUUCCCCACAAACCACCAGUAUCAUUGCGGGAGCAACAAAUCUGAAAGCGAAUGAUGUCCAAUAUCGCAAAGUGUCUGAAAUGAUUCUACAUCCUCAAUACAGCUUCAUAUAUUCCGCGGAUCUGGGGUUGAUGAGACUUCGGCAACCACUGGUCUUCUCCAACACAAUCCGACCACUCUGUCUACCAGCAAGACUCCACACCUGGUCGCCAUCUCUACCAUGUUAUAUUGCUGGCUGGGGUGCAACAAAUAAUCAAGGUGAGUUUUCUACAGAAAGAUACAUGGUCCAAGAUGUCGGGUUAAAAGUAUGGCCUAAAAGUAAAUGUGAAAUGGCUUAUCCAAAUAAGACAAAAGACUCUAUGGUUUGUGCUGGGUACAAGUACGGUCAUAUUGACGCUUGUAAGGGUGAUAGCGGUGGACCAUUGAUGUGUAAAGUGGGUAGUGAGAAUGAUUGGGUAAUUGUGGGUAUCACCAGCUGGGGUGAAGGUUGUGGUGGGGUCAAUAAACCUGGUGUGUAUACCAGGGUGGAUUAUUAUAGACAAUGGGUACAACAGCUAACACAGAGAACAGGUAAGAAUUCAAGUAUAGAACAAUGGACGCGUAGGACACAGUGGCGAUUCUGCGGAGGGGGCUGGACAGUGACGUAUCUGGGAAACUUAGGUGAGGGGGCCGAGCAUGGGCCACAAAAUUUUUCAGGGGGAGGGGGCACAGGCUAUACUUCCACUAUGUAA